GUUAAUAUUUGUAACAUUCAUUGUUUGUGAUAACUACCAAAGAAGACCGCCAGGCAAGAGGACAGCGUUAACAGUUAAGACUACAGUUAUGGGAGUGCACGGACUCUGGAGACUGCUGGAGAGCACAGGAAAACCCAUCAACCCCGAGACUCUGGAAGGAAAGAUCCUCGCUGUUGACAUCAGUAUAUGGCUGAACCAGGCAGUGAAGGGGGUAAGGGACCGUGAAGGCAACAGUGUCCAGAACGCCCACCUCCUCACACUCUUCCACCGCAUCUGUAAGCUGCUCUUCUUCCGCAUCAGGCCGAUCUUUGUGUUUGAUGGGGACACACCGCUGCUGAAGAAGCAGACUCUGGCUCUGAGGAGGCAAAGGAAAGAGGAGCUGAACCGAGAGUCCAAACAGACCAAUGAGAAACUCCUCAGGACAUUCCUGAAGAGACAAGCUAUCAAAGCUGCACUUGGAGACCGCAGUAAGGAUCCUCUACCAAGCCUUUCCAGCGUGAGGAGAGAUGAGGUGGACGACAUAUAUGUUCUGCCAGCCCUGCCAGCUGCAGAGGAAAAGGACAAAAGCAGUUCAGAAGAAGAGGAAGAGAAAGAGUUGGAGGAGAUGGCUGACAAUUAUCACAUGUAUCAGGGAGAAUUUCAUGAAGACUCCAACUCAGUGGACAUCAACUCAGAGGAGUUCGCCAGCCUGCCUCCUGAAAUGAAACACGAAAUACUCAAAGACAUGAAAGAGUUUUCCAAAAGACGCCGGACGAUGUACCACAAACCUCCAGAGCUUUCAGGAGAAUUUUCCCAGUACCAGUUGGCCGGCCUGCUGCAGAGGAACCAUCUUAACCAGCGUCUGUUGGGUGUUGAGAAAGAGAUGUGCCAGCGGAGCGCCGGCAGCGCUCAACAGCUCUACGAACAGGACGGGGAGCAGCCGAGUCACAGCGUAGAGUCACAGCGACUGGUUUCUGAAGACCAUUCCCACUAUAUCCUUAUUAAAGGCUCCAAAAAGAGUGAGACUGCCCCUGAGAGCCGACCUGCAGCCGCAGCCUGGUCGGGUAGCUUCCUGUCAGGCAGCAAAAGACGAGCAGCGGGCAGACCUGAGCCCCUGUGGCGUCCUGCCUACGAGGAAGAGGAGAAAGUGCAGGGUCCCUCCUCAGAAGAGUCCAAACCCUCAGUCUCAAAACCAGCUCAAGGACACACGUCACCACCCUCGCCUCGUACGCUCGAGGCUAUCCAGGCUGCAAUGAACAACAGCUCAGAUGAGGAGAAGCUGGAUAAGAAGGGUGGUAGUGUGUCCCCACGUACCCUGCUGGCAAUCCACCAAGCUCUCGCUGAGGAGGAAAAUGGUGCUGCUGAACAUGGAACUCUAAUCAGCAGCUCACCCACAAAACUGCAGGCAAAUAUUCAUCACCCUGUGCCACAGGUGGUCAUCAGUAGCUCAGAGGAAGAGCCAGAACCUGCCAAUGUGAACUCUUUACCUAGUGAAAAAACAGAUUUACAGGGAAACCCAAAAGGCCACAGCCAAAGUUUACAAGUGAGAGAUAGUUUGCUUAUUAGUAGUUCUGAAGAUGAGAUGGAGGAAGUGAUUGGUCAGAGAAAUAAAGCACUUCACCUUGCGGUGCUGCACCAACCUCAGGAGAGAGAGACAAUGUCAGAAGAGGAGACAAAGAAAGGGCAGCUGACAGAGGAGCUGGAGAGAAAAGAAUCAGAGCACAGAUUUAUUACAGACAACAGAGAUCUUGUUCAACCACCGGCUGCUGCUGCUUCCCCUCAAAACCUGUCAUCCAUCAAUCUCUCUGCUCAGAUAUGUGGAAAACCUCCCAGUGUAGAGACUGAGAUUCAUACUGUGCAGGGUAGUAACAAGUCCAUUGAAGCUCCAGAGGAGAGGAGGGAAGAUGAUGUGAAGUCAGAGGGCAGUGAGGAGAGCGAGUCAGAAGAGAGCUUCAUCGAGGUGUCAGAAGAAGAAUGUAAAGAGGAGGAUGAAGAUAAUUCACUUGUAAUGAUUAGAGAGAAAGGAUCUCCAGAAGAGGUCUGUGAAGGUGGGACCAAGACAGAAGAAAAACCAGAGGAAAAUUCGACAGCAGCUGCCAGCAGUCCGGCUGCUGCUCUGAAUUUAGAGGAGGACGAGGACAAAAAGGCACGGACUGAAGAGGAAGAGCUGAGGGAGGGAGCAGAGACUGAAUCCAGCCCCCCUCCAGCAAUCAAUGAAUGGGAACACUUUGAUGUGGAUGAGCUGGAGGCUCUGGAGAGCUCUCUGCAGGUGGAGCAGAACAGCCUGAGGGAGCUGAAACAGCAGCAGGAGAGGAUGGCGAACACUGUCACUGGACAGAUGUACCUGGAGAGCCAGGAGCUGCUGCGGCUGUUCGGCGUGCCGUUCCUGGUGGCGCCGAUGGAGGCCGAGGCUCAGUGUGCAGCACUCGACCGCGCCGACCACACACACGGGACCAUCACAGACGACUCAGAUGUGUGGCUGUUUGGGGGGAGGCACGUCUACAAGAACUUCUUCAGCCAGAACAAAUAUGUUGAACACUACCAGUACAGUGACUUACAAAAUCAACUGGGUGUGGACAGGACUAAACUGAUAAAUCUGGCGUACCUGCUGGGAAGUGACUACACAGAGGGCGUGCCAGGGGUUGGAUAUGUGACUGGCAUGGAGAUACUGAAUGAGUUCCCAGGGCCAGGCUUGGAGCCGCUCACACAGUUCAGUAAAUGGUGGUCAGAGGCUCAGGAGAAAAAGCGUCUGGUGGCAGAUCCUCGGGACACGAAGGUUAAGAAGAAACUGAGGGACCUAAAACUGCAUCCUGGGUUCCCCAGCCCCGCGGUGGCUCAGGCGUACCUGCAGCCGGCUGUGGACCAGUCAGACUGCUCCUUCAGCUGGGGACGCCCACAGCUCGACAUGAUCAAAGAAUUCUGUCUGAGUCGUUUUGGCUGGAACAGUCGGAGGACAGAGGAAACUCUUCAGCCUGUGAUCAAGCAGCUCAACACCCAACAGACUCAGCUGCGGAUCGACUCAUUCUUCCGCAUGGAGCAACAGGAAAAGCAGGCAAUCCGCAGCCAGCGACUCCGCCGGGCAGUCACCUGCAUGAAGAGGAAGGAGAGGGAAGGAGGAGAAGAGGAAGAGGGGCAGAGUGAGGAGGAAAUGCCAUCCCCAUCCAAAUCAAAGAAAGUGAAGGCAGCAAGGAAGAGUCCAAAGAGAGGAGGAGGAGAGAGGGAAGAGGAGAGGUCCAUGGCAGGAGGAGGGUUUCUAGGCUCAGAGGUAAUUGUUGAACCUCUUCUUACAUCUCAGGAUGUGAACAGCACCAGCCAGGAAACCCUCUCAGCAAGAGUCCCUCAGUCCACUCACAGUGGACCUCAGAGGGCCAGGAGGAGCAGCAGCAGCAGCUCUGGUGAGGGCAGUGAUAGUGGCGGUGAAGUUUCUAUGGUUACAGCCCGAUCUGUGUUCGAAGGCGGCCGACGAGGCCGCGGAGCGAAAAGCACAAGGAGAGGAAGCAUGAGAGGAAAGGGGAGGGGGAAGAAGCUGUGAGGAAGAAACUGAACUUCAGAUGUAGCAUUAAAAACUGUCUAAGCCAUCAGAAUCCGAAGCACCUAACAUGUCACUCACUUCCAAAUAAUGUCAGUGAUGUUAUAUUUAAUAUUUAAAUGUGUCAAUGAAUAAUGAACAUUUACAGUGAUGAAUUGAGCUCUUUCUGUAUUAUUAACUAUGUAUUUUGUACUAUUGUGAACAUAUUUGUACCUGCACUUGAAGAAUAACAUUUUGCAUUAAAUUCUCUUUAGUAUUUACACAGAUUUCAGAGUCAGAUUUUUACAUUUAUCAUGCUCGUGCGUUAACAGUAAGACUGAGAUAGGUGCAACUCUUCGGCACACGUCCCUUGAAUUUUCUUCAGUUUGUAUUUCAGUCGCCUUCUGCUUCUUAAUAAACACCUGACG